GUUGAUCCAUUGGCGCAUCUUUUUGCUUCGCCUGCCUUACUGGCAGCGAAAGCAGCACCAUGGCCGCAGACACCAACAUGUUUGAGCGCAUCACGCAAAGGAUUGCUGAGAAGGUCUUUGACCGCAACAAGUUUCACUAUGACGAACCGGUCCAUCGCGAGCUCAUGAGGACCAUGACAGCUCAAAUCACGACUGCGAUCAAGGAACUGGCCGAGCACAUUCCCGAGCAGCGGGCCCUGGUUCCUCUGUGUGGUCGCCUUGUUAUUGUGUACACUGGAAUUUGUGAAGCCAAAUUCGACACUGUGGUGAAUUAUAUCCAAAAAGAUGAGAAGGGAUUUGCCCUGUCCAAAACCUUGACCAAGCUCAGUGUGGAGAAAUGCGUGGCGCUUUACAAGCAGUAUAUGGAAGGCAACUACAACUACACCAAAGCAAAUCAACCAGCUACAGCAACCUCUGACUCCCAGGACAAGACCGCAGGCAAGGCGUCUCCCAAGCCCAAGACUAAAAGGACCCCCUCACAAACAACUGCGAAGCGUAUGUGCCCUCAGAGCAAGCGUGCAACACAAUCUCAUUGCGUCAUUUUGCAAGCUCAUGGCAUGCAUGCCAAGGACCGUGACUGCAAAUCUGAGAAAAGCGAAGCAGCAAGCGCCAAGCCAGAGACCCCGAGCACCGCAAAGAAGGAGGCCCCUCCACCCAAAAAAGCCAAGCCGAGGUCGAUGUCUGCGCGAGGUUCCAAGGCGCAAGGCUACACGGAAGGCGAGGCCGAUGUAAUCGGCAUUGUGCGCAUCAACGAGGACGAGGAGGAUGACCAGACCUUUGGACAGUUUAGUGUGGCGGCCCGCAGCAAUGUCAAGGCUGACAGAAGUGUGUUCAACAGGAUCGGUACAUGGUUCGUCCUGAGCAAAUCCAACCCACACUGA